AUGGCCAAUUCCCUCAACGGCCGGAACCCGCGCAAGGGACGGAUCCUGGGCUUCAUUGAUGCCAUUCAGGAUGCUGUGGGCCCCCCUAAGCAGGCAGCUGCCGACCGGAGGACUGUGGAGAAGACCUGGAAGCUUAUGGACAAAGUGGUAAGAUUGUGCCAAAACCCAAAGCUUCAACUGAAAAACAGCCCACCUUACAUACUGGACAUUUUACCUGACACUUACCAACAUUUGCGACUUAUACUGAGCAAAUAUGAUGACAACCAGAAACUUGCACAACUCAGUGAGAAUGAGUAUUUUAAAAUCUACAUCGACAGUCUCAUGAAAAAAUCUAAACGGGCUAUAAGACUCUUCAAAGAAGGAAAGGAAAGAAUGUACGAGGAGCAGUCACAGGACAGGAGAAACCUAACGAAGCUGUCCCUCAUCUUCAGCCACAUGCUAGCAGAAAUCAAGGCUAUUUUUCCAAAUGGCCAAUUCCAGGGUGAUAACUUCCGUAUCACCAAAGCUGAUGCUGCAGAUUUCUGGAGAAAAUUCUUUGGAGAUAAAACUAUAGUGCCAUGGAAAGUGUUCAGGCAGUGCCUUCAUGAAGUUCAUCAGAUAAGCUCUGGUUUGGAAGCAAUGGCUCUUAAAUCAACUAUUGAUUUGACCUGCAAUGACUACAUUUCGAUUUUUGAAUUUGAUAUCUUCACUAGGUUAUUUCAGCCAUGGGGUUCAAUCUUAAGGAACUGGAACUUCUUAGCUGUAACACAUCCUGGAUAUAUGGCAUUCCUCACAUAUGAUGAAGUGAAAGCAAGGUUGCAAAAAUACAGCACUAAGCCUGGGAGCUACAUUUUCAGACUGAGUUGCACUCGCUUGGGACAGUGGGCCAUUGGAUAUGUGACUGGUGAUGGGAACAUACUGCAGACCAUACCUCACAAUAAGCCUCUGUUUCAAGCUUUGAUUGAUGGCAGCCGGGAAGGAUUCUAUCUGUUCCCUGAUGGACGAAGUUAUAAUCCUGAUUUGACAGGAUUAUGUGAACCCACACCACAUGACCACAUAAAAGUCACACAGGAACAGUAUGAAUUGUACUGUGAAAUGGGUUCCACUUUUCAGCUGUGUAAAAUCUGUGCAGAGAAUGACAAGGAUGUGAAGAUAGAGCCUUGUGGACACCUGAUGUGCACUUCUUGUCUUACAGCGUGGCAGGAAUCUGAUGGCCAAGGCUGUCCUUUCUGCCGCUGUGAAAUCAAAGGAACUGAACCAAUCAUUGUGGAUCCCUUUGAUCCAAGGGAUGAAAACUCCAGGUGCUGCAGUAUUAUUGACAGCUUUAGUAUGCCCAUGUUGGACUUGGAUGAUGAUGAUGAUAGAGAAGAGUCUUUAGUGAUGAAUCGUUUGGCUUCAGUCCGAAAGUGCAAUGAAAGGCAGAAUUCACCGGUGACUUCCCCAGGAUCUUCCCCUCUUGCACAAAGAAGAAAACCGCUUCCAGACCCCCUGCAAAUCCCACAUCUUAGUCUUCCACCUGUACCUCCUCGUCUGGAUCUUAUUCAGAAGGGAGUAGCACGGUCACCAUGUGCUAGCCCAACUGGAUCACCAAAGUCUUCUCCUUGUAUGGUGAGGAAACAAGACAAACCUUUGCCAGCACCACCACCUCCCUUGCGUGAUCCUCCACCACCCCCACCGGAGAGGCCCCCUCCGAUUCCACCCGACAAUAGGAUAAGCAGACAUCUGCAUCAUCCAGAAAGUGUGCCUUCCAGAGACCAGCCGAUGCCCCUUGAAGGCUGGUGUCCCAGAGAUGUGUUCGGGACAAGUCAGUUGGUAGCAUGUCGAAUAGGGAAUGAGGUUUCUCCCAAACCAGGACUGACUGCAAUUUCAAACAUAAAUGGAAGGCACAACCGCGUAAGUUCUGAUCCAGGAUUUAUGAGGAAACACAGACGUCAUGAGCUGCCAGCGGAAGGUGCCAAGGUCUUUUCAAAUGGUCAUCCGAUAAAUGAAGAAUAUGAUGUCCCUCCACGGCUUUCACCCCCUCUUCCGGCUGCCUCCAUCAUCCCUGGUUUAAAGUAA